CGAGAGCCUGAGACGCGGUCUGUGGAGGAAAUGAUUCUCGGCGUCCGGGAGAGGCUCAUCGAGGCGACCAGGCUACGGCUGCGCGCCGACGUGCCUGUCGGAAUCUAUCUGUCAGGGGGCAUUGACUCGUCCCUUCUCGCCGGCAUUGCCACGCAGCUGGUCCACGAGCAGGGGGUUAAGAUGGGGAACGUAGACGGGACCAAGCGAAUCUGCUGCUUCAGCGUGGAGUUCCCGCAAGAAUCAGGAUGCAACGAGUCCGACAUAGCCGAACGCACGGCCGACUGGCUCGGGGUGCAGAUCCACAAGAAGCGGAUGGACGAGGCCGAGAUAGCCCGGCACUUCGCCGACGCGGCCUACCACUGCGAGCACCACAACUUCGACCUCAACAGCGUGGGCAAGUACGCGCUGUCGACGGUCCCGCGCGAGCGCGGCUUCAAGGUCGUACUGACAGGCGAGGGCUCCGACGAGCACUUUGGCGGCUACCCCUUCUUCAUCGCCGACCACCUGCGCGAGCCCGACCUCGCCCUUCCCGUGUCCCCGCCCGCCGCCGACCCGCGCCUCAGAGAGGCCCUGCACCGCGGCGCCGAGUCCGACAUGAGGGCCGUGUUUGAGCGGGCCGGCUCGUUCAACCGGGACUGGCGCGAGACGGACUCGGUGCGCGCCGUCGGCGGCAGCAUGAUGCUGUCGUGCAUCGCGGCGGUGAUGCCGGAGACGACGCUGUUUGCGCCGUGGGUGCGCCGCGACCUGGCCGGCGCGGACUGCCGCGACACCAUAGUCGGCGGGCUCACCCCCGAGGCGAGGCGCAAGAUUGCGGAGAAGUGGCACCCGCUGCACACGGCCGAGUACCUGUGGUCCCGGACGAUGCUGCUCAACAACUUGCUGUCGUGCCUCGGCGACCGCACCGAGAUGGCACACAGCAUCGAGGCCCGGCCGCCGUUCCUGGACCACGUCGUGUCAGAGUACAUCAACGGGCUGCCGCCGAGCGUCAAGAUCGCGUACGAGCCCGGCCGGGCGGCGCGGAAUGUCAAGGAGGGCGGGCAGGUCGGGAUGUGGUGGCGGGCCGGGAGCGAAGGGGCCACCGGUGGGGGCGGGAGCGCGUUCGAGGCGUUCACGGAGAAGUGGAUCCUGCGCGAGGCGGGGAAGCCCUUCAUCACGCAGGAGCUGUAUGAGCGGAGGAAGCACCCCUACACGGCGCCGCUGAGAUGGCCGCGCGGCGGGCCGCUGGAGAGCAUGUUCGCCGGGUUGCUCACGAGGGAGGCCGUCGGGAAGCUUGGGUUCGUCGACUACGAGGUCGUGGCGGAUGCACUGGGGAGGGGAUUUGGGGACGAGUCGGAUCCGAAGGCGUUCAGGACGCUCAUCUUUGUUGCGUCUUGGGUGGUCAUUGGGGAGAGGUUUGGCGUUAAGACAGCUGGGAGGGAGGAGAGCUGGGCAGCCAGCGGGAAAGGCUCGAUGGGGAAAUAGGAACGUCAGACACGCGUCACAUUCAUUCUACAGCUUCGUUCAAUUUGCACAGCAAGGUUGGUGCACAAUCUGAGUUAUUUCCUCCCCACCGAUGGCAACAAUGUAGCCCGGUUUCUGUGAGAUGGAGCACAGGAGGAGCAAAUAUAGAGAUACUCAUCAACGUAUUUCAAUUCAAGGACAAGACGGGGGCUAAAAUCCCUCCAACUAUUUAUAUUUCA